UUAUUCUACAACGACAUCCCUUGUGAGGUAGGUCGCUCGAAACCAGCCCUUGGAAUACCGACGCGCAAUGCUAUAUUGUGACGUGAUACUUUUUUAAAAAUAAUUAUCAGUUAUCGAAGUGCGACAAAAAUGUAGUCAGUGAACAGUGCCUAAUAGUUAGUGCAAAUAAUAAUGAAUUUGGUACAAGGGUAGUUUCACACCAUGCAGUGACGAUUUACAUGCCCCUUGGAAACCGAUCAGUAUUAAUUUUCACAAACGGACAUUGCACAAUCGUUUCGCCUGGCACAUAACAAUAUUUACAUUUCAGAAAGAUGACUGAGAAGAUGUAUUAUUGGGGAGACGAAGGGGAACCGGUUGAUCCGGAUCAGACUUUCAUAGAAUUCAAAGCGAAGUCGACUACAGCCGGUGAAUCGUCGAAGACGGUGCCGAAGAUGGUCGUGUCGUCGCCCCAGGGUGAACCUACGGCUGUAGCUAAUCGCGAGGAGCAAGCGGAACGCGGUGGCUGGGACAAUAAAUUGGAUUUUCUAUUCUCCUGCAUUAGCGUCUCUGUCGGUUUGGGAAACGUGUGGCGAUUUCCAUAUCUAUGCUACAGAAAUGGCGGCGGCGCAUUUUUGGUCACUUAUGGAAUCGCCAUGAUAUUUUGCGGAAUACCGAUAUUCUUCCAGGAAGUCGCUAUCGGACAGUACCUCGGAGCUGGCGGAAUGACGCUCGUAGGACAAUUGUGUCCUUUGUUACAAGGGGUCGGUUACGCCACAAUGACAAUAGUCUUCUUUCUCGACAUAUACUACUGUAUCAUCAUAUCCUGGACGCUAUUCUACCUAAUUAGCACAUUCGCAAAUUUGCCAGGAUUGCCAUGGAGCGGUUGUGGAAACUGGUGGAACACUGAAGGCUGUUUUGACGACCGGCACAGGAACGCCAGUAAAGCGGAAACUACAAGUAUGACCAGUAACGCCACGAUACAUCAUACAACACCAGUGGAGGAGUAUUGGAAUCGCCGUGUACUUGGCAUCACAAGUGGCAUCGAAGAAAUUGGCGGGAUGCAAUGGGAGCUACUAGGAUGUCUGAUACUUGGAUGGCUACUGGUCUACUUCAUCAUCCGCCGUGGUCUUCACCAGAGCGGUAAGAUCAUCUGGUUUUCGGCGUUGUUCCCGUACGUGGUGCUUUUCAUUCUUUUGGGAAGAGCGGUGACCUUGGAUGGGGCCGAUGAGGGUCUUCUCUACUACGUGACACCAAGAUGGGAAGAGCUACUGAGUCCUAGACCAUGGAUCGACGGUGCCACCCAGAUAUUCUUCGCGUACAGCAUCGGUACAGGUGCACUGCCAGCAUUGGGAUCCUACAAUAAAUUUCAUCACAACUGUUAUAAAGAUGCACUGAUUACAUGCGUAGUAAACACAUUGACAUGUUUAUUGGCCGGCUGCGUGACAUUCUCUAUCCUGGGUCAUAUAGCUUUGGAACUAGGCACCGAGGUAUCUCAGGUCGUCAAGAGCGGACCAGGUCUGGUCUUCCUCACGUAUCCUGAGGUCGUCCUGAAGCUGCCUGGUGCGCCGAUCUGGGCCAUUAUCUUCUUCGUUAUGCUUAUCAUACUGGGCAUUGACAGUGAAUUUUGUAUCGUCGAGUCCUUCAUUACCGGAGUCGUUGACAAUUGGCCAGACACUCUGCGACCUCAUCGUAACAAAUUUACAAUAGCAAUUUGCCUGCUGAUGUUUCUGCUUGGCGUUCCCAUGGUGACUCACGGUGGCGUCUAUAUAUUCCAACUAAUGGAUUUCUACUCAGCAAGCGGAAUGUCCAUUCUCUGGGUUUGCUUCUUCCAAACCAUAGCGAUAUCCUGGAUAUUUGGUACUCAAAAAUUUUGCGACUGUAUACACCAGAUGAUGGGAAUAAGAUUGAAUAAAUUUUGGUACAUAUGCUGGCUGGUCUUUGCCCCUAUUAUCAUGGCAUUUAUCUUCGUCUUUCAAUGCGUACAGUAUGAACCAUUGACAUAUGGUAAUACGUAUAAAUAUCCGACGUGGGCUGAAAUUCUAGGAUUCACAAUGAGCUUCUCAUCCAUGAUUUGGAUUCCGGCUUAUGCUAUUUACUAUGUCGUAACUACACCUGGAUCGAUCAAAGAGAAUAUCCUGAAGGGACUGCAACCCAACAUAAAGUCCAGGACGAAAUUACCAAAGGGUGAAAAAUCAGCAGUGAUACCAAUGUCCGAGAGCAGCGCUGGGCUCAUCUCGAAGAAUAACAGUUUUCUCAAUCAUUAAUCAAUGAUAGCUGGGAAGAGGGAUGGAACCGAUGAGAAUGUAAAUGGUCGAUCAUUUUUUUUUUAUAGAAUAAGUCCCAGCACGCUGGCGGUGAUACCUAGUAUUAAUUGCAUUGAACGAGUAAAUGGGACUGUUCAAUUAAUUUGUUAGCUUUAAAGCAAAGACACAGUAGCAGAAGACAGAAUAGAUAUGAGCGCUAGUCGCCAAGGCCUUCAUUAUUAUUUCUUUUAAAUUGGUUUAUCGAGGAAACGUGUAUUUGUAUAUUGGUGCGGGAAAAAUUGAAUGAAAAAAAAAAUAUAUUUUUGCAGCUUUUUUCUUUUUUUUUUUUACUAUUAAAAAUGGACCAGCGUCUAUUUAUAUAUUUCAGAAUUUUUCUUUCCAUUAACAGUUGAAUACUUUACGCAUGUUGAAAAGUCAGAUGUGUUUAGGGCAACCAGUUUUUGCGAUCGACUCGCGCGUUAUGAAUUGUACUUUGAAAACAAAAAAAAAUAGAAGCGGGAAAAUUUAAAUUUGAAAAUUCGUCAACUCACACUGGUUGACAAUUGAUUUUUAAUGUUGAAAUGUGCAGGGUCGGUCGCCGGGCGAAUUGAUCGGUAUUUUAGAGAUUUAUAGUGGCUUUUGAAAUGAUAUUGCGGUAUUGAUUAACGCUGCAGAUUUAUAGUGUAAGGAUGAAUGAGUUAAAAAAAAAAUUUUACAUUAGUCAUCGAUCGAAGAAAGAUAUUAGAAUUACGAUAAAUUUACUCGAUAGUCUAAUUUUUAGGUAGUGUCGUCCCGACGCUUUAGUCAAAAUAGCAGUAUUAAGCGUCGCGAUAAUCGACGACGAGGCACGAGAUUUUUAGAUGAUUGAGAAAAGAAAAAAAAAAAUAAAAAUUAAUAAAAUGGAAAAUAUUUUGUUACCGAUGUGAUACGAUAACGAAAAGAAAAAUACGAUUAUACCGAACAGAUUUGAUUAUUCAGAAAUUUGCAUUAUCAUUACGAACGGCAAGCAAUAAAAAAAAGUGGCAAAGUCUCAAUGAACGUAUAAAUGACAGGAUCGGCCUAAUUCAAUCUAUUGUUAAUGAUUUAUUAUAAUUUCUCAAACUAUAGGCCGUCAUCGUUUUAAUGAUAUUUUUUGUAAAACUGUUUUACCACGUGAGAAACUAAUCGCUCAAUCUGUCAUUAAUAAUCGAUAAUAAUAGUAAUUAAUUAUCCGUGUACAUGUAUUCCCAAACAGACCAUUAUCAUUAUUAUUCAAUCGACACUGUUGAUCUCGCGUUACGUAAUAGACUAUUAAAAAGUUCUUAUCGCAAAAUUAAUUUAUUAUUUCAUAACGCAAAAUGGUUUCCAAUGAACGAUAGGAAGUUCUAACGCGACACCUUAUCAAACAUUUUUGUGAUAAUUUUUGAUUGAAUAAUGAAAAAAAUUCACCCAAACCAAAUGUCAUUUUAUCAUUAUAACACUGAUAGGUUCACCAAAAUAUUUUUGCAUAAAAAUAAUAUUCCCUUUCAUCCCCUCACUUUGUGUCAUGAAAUUUUGCGUAUGACACAAAAUUGUAAUUAACCUGUCACACGUCAAAAUUCUGUCACAACCUAGAAAAUAAGCAUCAGACACAAUUAACCGUAUAUAAAGUUUUAAAAAAAUUGGGUGUCUCAUUUUCGAUAAUCAUCCCUUAAGAAAAAAAAAGAAAAAGACAAAUCCGUACUCGUAAUCGCGUCCACCUACCUAUACAUGAAAACAGUAAACGAUGAAAAUAACGUUAAAAGAUAACUAUAAAUGUUUUUUAAAUUCAAUAUAUCGAAUUGGUGUAACAAUAAAUAUAACUUUUCGAUCGUCAAGUUUAAACCAACCACUCUCACCUUCCAUUUUGUUAUACGCCACACUUUAUUAUUUUCAACUAAUUCUUUUUCAUUCAUCUCAAAUAAUACCAAAGUUCCUAUCCAUCAGCCUCUUAUUUAUCCUGGCAUUGUGUGAUUCAGGCGGGUCUCCAUUGUUCGACGAACAAUAGUAAAAAAGCCGAAGAAAAUAGUUUAUAUUUCGUAACCAGGAUGCCAGAAUCAAGCGUGAAUAAAAGCACAAAUGAAGUCCAGUAUAUGUAUGUAACGUAUAACAGCGAGUUAAGGUAUUGAAUAAAAAAAAAAGUAGGUCAUUAAAAAUAAACCGUCAUUAACCUCCAAA